GCUCUCUGAUGUUCUUCAGCUGCUGGAAGUUGAUCUGUUUUCUUGCCUCUUCGUAAUGAAGCAUUGGAACCCACAUGACAAAUGAGUGAAAUUCUCCAGUCUCAGGUGGGAGUCUGAAAAGAUGCAGCGAAGACAGAGUUCUAAGACCCCAAAGCAGCCUCUGCAAGUUCACCAUAAAAAUCAAACUGAUCUCUCUGCAUGGCGAAAAGGAGGGAGAAUUGACUCUGAAAAAAGUGUCCAGAAUCAUCAAUCUCCUAACGAUCAGAAAAAUGACAGCAAGCAAGACUCCCUUGAGCAAGCUUUGAGAUACUUUGAGAAAGUUCAAGACCGUGUUUCACUGAAAAAGAACAGUGUUCUGCAGAAACACUUGACUACUGUGGAAAGCAUUGGCCUGCAAAGAGGGUUACCCCCUGAAGGAUUUGAUGUAUUGCUAAACGUGGCGCUCAGUGGCAAACUUGCUGAUACAGUGAAUACUCGUUUACUGAAGAGCCUGGUUCCAGCUUCAGUAAUACCAGAAACUUCGGUGGUUUCAUCUGUAUCUUGGCUCUGUGUCAGCAAAUGCUCAGGCAACACCCAGCUGCUUUUUUUAAGAUGGCUGAUCACAGUGUUUGACUUCAUUGAUCACAAGGAACAACUUCAUGCCCUCUACGGUUUCUUCUUUUCCUUUCUGCAAGAUGAGAAGAUGUGCCCCUAUGUCUGCCACCUGCUCUACCUGCUGACCAGGAAAGAAAGUGUCAAGCCUUUUCGGAUUAGGAGACUGCUUGACCUCCAAGCAAAAAUGGGAAUGCAGUCUCAUCUUCAGGCUCUACUGUCACUUUACAAACUCUUCUGUCCUGAGCUGGUGACCAUAACCCUUCCUGGAAAAAUGAAG